ACAUAAACGACCUGCCUUCAGAGGAGGACUAACUUUCCCUCUUUGUUUACAGGCAAAUCUCAAUUCUUAGCAAAGACAGUACAAACUCAUCCAGUGUCCGCUGAAAAUCAUUGAUGUCAAAGUUUUGGCUUCUGUUUUAGGGUUUUACCAUAAACCCAAUAAGCAACAAGAAACAAGAAGCUAUUUCUCAAAAGAAGGAAAAAAAACAGAUCUUGAAAACCCACGAAUCUUUGCUUACAAUGCAAAAACUAUUAUUGCCAAAAGCUAUAUUUGUACCCAACAACAGCAACGGCAACCAUCUUUACCAUUUUCUUCAUUAUCGAUCCAUAGUGAAGGUGAGGCUUAAGUGGGUGAAGAACCGUAGCCUAGACAACAUAAUUGACAAAGAGACCGAUCUCAAGGCGGCUUGUCUAUUAAAGGACGCAAUCAAACGCUUUCCUACUGGUUUUCUCACUGCUAAGUCCGUUGCUGAUUGGCAAAAGCUUCUUGGCCUUACUGUUCCUGUUCUUCGCUUCUUGCGCAGGUACCCAACUCUCUUUAGUGAAUUUCCACAUGCCCGCUAUGCGAAUUUGCCUUGUUUCCGGUUGACAGAUACUGCACUCCUGCUAGAUUCACAGGAACAGAGCAUCCACCAAAAUUAUGAGAGUGAUACCGUGGAGAGGCUUUGUAGAGUGCUUAUGAUGAUGAAAAGUAGGACAGUGCCACUUCAAUCGCUACAUCCCUUGAAGUGGGACCUGGGUUUGCCAGAUAAUUUUGAGAAACUAUUGAUUCCAAAAUACCCUAAUUAUUUUCAAUUUGUUAAGGCAUUAAAUGGUGUUACCUGCUUGCGCCUUGUCCAAUGGCAAGAAGAAUUUGCAGUUUCCGCAUUGCAGCGGAGCAAUGAAAGCAAAGAAAUGGGUAACAAGUAUGAGCAGUUCAAGAAGGGGCAGACUACUUUGGCUUUUCCUAUGAGAUUUCCAAGGGGGUAUGGAGCACAGAAGAAGGUGAGAGCAUGGAUGGAAGAAUUUCAGAAGUUGCCUUAUAUUUCGCCAUAUGAGGAUUCAAGGCAGAUUGACCCAAAUAGUGAACUCAUGGAAAAGCGAGUUGUUGGUGUUUUGCAUGAGCUUUUGAGCCUUACAAUUCAUAAGAAGACCAAGAGGAACUACUUGAGGAGCUUGAGAGAGCAAUUGAUUCUUCCACAUAAGUUUACUCGACUGUUUACGAGGUAUCCAGGGAUUUUCUACCUUUCACUGAAGUGUAAGACAACAACUGUUGCUCUUAGAGAAGGUUACCAGCAGGGAAAAUUAGUGAAUCCACAUCCUCUUGCUCGUCUACGAGAUAAGUUUUAUCAUGUAAUGAGAACUGGACUUGUUUAUCGGAAUAAAGGUGCAAAUAUGAUCCCUGAAGACAUUUUGCUAAAUGAUGUUGAGGAUGAGACUGGACCGCAUGAAUCUGAGGGAGAGUGUGAAACAGGUGAUGAUUGCUACGUAGAAACCUCUGAGAUCGAGGAAGUGUCUGAUGAAGAGUAGUUUUUGUCCAACAGAAUCAUCUACCUUGCUGCAUACUUAGGAGAUACCGAAAUGAUCUCCUGAUGCUCAGGUAAGGGAUGAAUAAUAGAUAAUUUGGAUUGGCCCUUUUCAGAAGUUCCAAAACUCAAGUGUCUGUGAAUAUUUUACAAGUUGGUCUUUUAUUGGGUUGCAAUUUUCAGAAAAAGGAAAGUGCAUUCAUUUUGGGUGAAAAUUGAGCUUAUUGUUUUAGGUGUCCAUCUUCUUGUGUGUUUUUUCAUUGUCAAUAAAUUAAUGCAGUUUCUAUGUGCUGCCUUGAUUGCUAAACUGGAUAAUAUGCCUACAAAAUAUCUUAAUUUGCUGCACAAACAGUAACAAGGAAGAAGUUCCCUUUAGGAAUAUUUAAACUUUUAUGCCCGUCAGUAAUGUGAGCCUUGCCAGCUGGCCAUUGUUUUAAGGUCAUGAAAACACCUGAUGUUUAUAUUUUAACACUUUUCUUGAAAAAGAAAAAAGGGUAUAUGUGUAUGUCUGUAUAUAUAGACAUACACGCACACACACAUAUACACAUGCUUUUGCCCAGAAUGUUUACAUGCACUGUGGUAUGAAUGUUUUACUUCGAGAGGUUGGUUUUGUGAUUAGGCUUUGAAAUUAUAGGAGAUGUUGAGUACUAGAAAGUUGCACUGCAAUUUGCUAAUCAAGUUUGAUUCCUAUUACUCUUGGUCAUGCUGAAAAAUUCAAUGAAACUUGAUAAUGAUAGUGCUGAUAAAUAGUUUGUUAUUCAUGUCUUCACGACCAUGUAUUGAUUGUUACGGAAGAAUAAGAGACAAUUUCCUUUGAAGUUAGGUUAAUGUGCAAGAAUGCAAGUUACAGUUCCUACUAUUAAGAAGCCAACGGUAUAAUAUGGCAGAAUUUCUGGCUUCAAUUUAAAAUUGCAUGGUUAAGUUUUACUCCAACGUCUGUUAAUUACUCUGCCUCAGUGGGAGCAAAAUCACUGUCAUGUAAUGCGACACGGAGAAGUUGUAGGUAUGUUACAUUUGGCAAUCGAUCUCAGAGGAAAUAUAUAUGAAGGGAGACAGGGUUGCUCUUCUUUUUCUUCAUUAGUUUGAUUGCCCUGUAUUUUAUGUUAUAUUGAAAAUUUUCUAGGUGAGCUUGUUGGAAAUCAUGGAUGGCAGCAGAACCUAAGCCUUUUAAUGGCUGCUCUUCCUUGGCACUAAACGUGGUUGGCCUGCUGUUUUUCUCAGGUUCUGCAAAAAGUAAUGAGGUUCAAGCAUCAUAACAAGUCAAUUAAUACAGGGAUUACGUUAAGUCUGCAGCAAAUACCUUGUGAGUGCUGGAAAAUUUCAAGGUAAGAGAACCACCUCAAUGAUCAUCAAUCUUUAAGAGAAAGGAUAAAUCAUAUUGAUUUGUGAGGGUUUAUGCUGAUUCACUUAAGUAUCGCAUGAACAAUACCACUUGCUAGUUGCUACAGUGGCCUUUCAUUCUUGAAGGGUAAGGUAAUGUCUUUCUCAGUCAUGGUUUCCUUAAAUGAUCUUCAUGUGACGAGCGUAAGGAUCUGUUAAGUUGGUAUAGCAGUAUAGCACAGCAAAAAUUUCCUUAUUUGAACUAGUUUAUGACAACACGCACUAUUUCUCGUAAGUCAGAUUGCUGAUUUCAACAGUUGAGAUUGUAGUUGACGGUAUCUUCUUUUUCUUCUUCAGUAGAAUGUAUGUAUACCCGCAUGGUCAAUUAUAAUCUGACCCUUGAUGGGAUAUAUCUUCUCUUUUUUCCUUAUACCUUGCUUACUUCGCUUAGAUUUGGAUAAAGGAAAUGACCAUCAAACUUUUUAUAA